GAAACCACUCGGUGCAUCUUAUAUUCAUAGCAAAAAUGUCUACUAACAAGAAAGGCCGUUAAGAUGGAAGAGGGCCAGGAACCCUCCCAUAUGCUAAACAACAAGACCAUACCACCUCCCUUCUUCCUAUAUUUACAAUAAACAUCGCACACCACAAUAACAAUCUAAAAAAGAGAAAAGUCUCACGGAGCCCUCCCGGAAAAGAUCCCGGCGGGAUCAAGAAGAGAAAAAUAGAAAAGACCAGUCUGAUGCUCAAUGUUGGUUUGUGCAUUGAUUUGCAAAGGAUAGCCCCAAGUCGUUUGACUGCCUGCCCUUAUUGAAAAGGAGAGAAAAGAAAGAAAGAUCAUACGGUGCCUCCAUGUCCACGAUCCCAAUUGGGGCUAAAAGGCAAAUAAAAGAAAAGACGCCUGAUGAACGCCAAACAAUGCAGGAAAACCUAUUCGGCAGCAUGGUAUCAUGGGAGACCAAUGCGAUCCUGUCCGACUGUGCAGAAAGGACCGUUGGAGAUGCAAACGUGUACAUGCAAAGAAGGAAAAGAAAAAGAAAAAUCAAAGGCGCAAAAGUAAAGACGGAAGAAAAGGAGAAAAAAUUGCAACGCAAUGCCGAUUGUAGAGGGAAAGCAUCGUGUCGCCAACAGAAUGGAAAGUAGAGAAAAGGACUGUACCUCGGAAACGCCAGCUUUCUCCCUGACCAUCUCGUCCUCAAUUUUUGGUCUCGGAUCAUUCGUCUGUGGCCUCGUCCUC